AUGCUGUUCCUGCAACUUGUGUUGCUGCUGGUUCUCCUCCCAGAUGGUGACAGUGAAGAUGACUUCCGGGAUCCUAUCUCUUUCCGAAUUAUCCUGACCACAUCCUUUUACAACCAUUCCUGGACCCGGAAUCAAGGAUCAGCUUGGCUGGAUGAGAUACAGACUCAUGCCUGGGACAGCAAGACUGGUGUUUUCAUUUUCCCGCAGCCUUGGUCCAAGGGCAACUUUAGCAAGAAGGAGCUGACAGAAGUAGAAAAAUUAUUCUACACAUACUCCAUUAGAUCUCCUUCAACAUAUCAUAACCACGUCAGUCAAUGGCAGCUUGAAUAUCCCUUCCAGGUUCAGCUGCUGUUAGGCUGUGAAUCCCACUUUGGAAAAGCAUCAGUAGGCUUCAUGCGGAUUGCUUAUCAAGGAUCAGAUCUCAUGAGUUUCCAGAACACGUCAUGGUGGCCAUCUCCAAAGGGAGGAAGUAGGGCUCAGCAGGUCUGCAGAGUAUUCAAUCAGUACCAUGUUUUCAAUGAAAUAGUACACAAACUCCUCAGUGACUCCUGCCCCCGGUUCCUGUUGGGUCUUCUUGAUGCAGGGAAGACAUAUCUCCAGCGACAAGUGAGACCAGAGGCCUGGCUGUCCACUGGCCCCAGUCCCGGUCCUGGCCGUCUCCUGCUGGUGUGCCACGUCUCUGGCUUCUACCCAAAGCCUGUAUGGGUGACGUGGAUGCGGGGUGAGCAGGAGCAACAGGGCACCCAGCGAGGUGAUGUUUUGCCCCAUGCUGAUGGGACGUGGUAUCUUCAGAUGUCCUUGGAUGUGAAAGCCAGGGAAGCAGCUGGCUUGUUGUGCCGGGUGAGGCACAGCAGUCUGGGAGGCCAGGACAUCAUCCUCUACUGGGAGCAGCCCCACUCCAUGGGAUUGGUCUUCCUCCUGGUGAUAGUGCCCCUGGUGCUUCUGGCAGGUCUGGCACUGUGGCUCUGGAAGCACUGGAAAACACACUGGAGACAUCAAUGCACUGGCUUCCCUUUGGAGUGA